AUGUUUGCGAAAGCAUUCGCUGAACAAAGUGAGAGUAUGGUGAAGCAAGUGAAGUCAACCUUCGGCGACGGAGCGAAACCUUUGUGGAAGUACAUGGCUACCUUCACCUUUCACUCUGUCUGUGAAACAGCACUUGGUGUAAAAUUGAAAGUGAAUGGAAAUACGGAAAAGCAACUAAUGGAAUCCUUUGACAUUCUUCUUAAACUGCUGAUGACACGUAUGGCGGAGCCCUGGUUGCAACUGGAUGCGCUGUACAAGCUAUUACCACAACACAGCAAUUUUGAGAAAAAUAAAGACAUUUUACGUAGUUUUGUCAGUGAGAUAAUCAAAGAAAAGCGUAAAAAAAUUAAAGAAAAUAUUAAAACUGACAAUGAUGACACCAAAGUUACAAAGAGCUUUCUGGAACUCUACAUAGAAUCAUCUGGCGGCGAUCGUGGCUGUACCGACGAGGAGCUACUUGAAGAAACUCUUGUCAUGCUGUUAGCUGGUACCGAUACUUCUGCUGUCGGAUUAUGUUUUACUAUUUGUAUGUUGGCUCAGUACCCUGAUGUGCAAGAAAAAGUGUUCCAGGAGUUACAAGAAGUGUUUGGUGAUUCAGAGAGACAAGUAGUCGUCGAAGACUUGCCACGUCUCAAAUAUUUAGAAGCUGUGCUCCGAGAGAGUCUACGUUUGUAUCCACCAGUGCCUCUAAUUGUAAGAGAGAUCAAUGAAGAUAUAAAACUGCCAUCGGGCGUAACUUUGAAAAAAGGAUGUGGCUUUAUGGCACUUAUUUGGGGCUUACAUCGCAAUCCUUUGUAUUGGGGAGAAGACGCAGAGAAGUUCCGGCCUGAACGUUUUCUUGAAGGACAUUCGAGGCAUCCAGCUGCCUUUUUAACGUUUAGCCACGGACCUAGAAACUGUUUAGGAUACCAAUAUUCCAUGAUUUCAUUGAAAAUAGCACUUGCAACAUUUCUGAGAACCUACCGCGUACUGCCCAGACAUGACAACAGCGGCAGCGGCGAAGUGGACCAGGAACCGAUGAAACUUUCCUAUGAUAUCAUGUUGAAGGAUGUUGACGGAUUCCGAGUAAGAUUAGUCGAAAGGAAGAAUGACGAAGUAUUUUAA